AUGGUUAAUAAUAAGAAUAAGUACUCCAGGGGAUGCCAUGGAUACAGCAGUGGAAGUGUGGGAAGUUUAAAUAAAGACAACUCCUUUUUGAAAGUUUUUGUCUUUACUUUAGUAAUAUUGGCAAUCCAAUGCUAUAACGAAAGUUUUUCCGUUUCUGUGCACAAGAGCUCAGGAAAUGGAGCCAAGGUGUGUAGCAGACUGUUAUUUGGUAAUUUUGGUGAUAGUAUUGAACACUUCUCCUUAGCGAAUGAGAAGGACUCUUCAGACACGAACAUAGGAUAUAAAUAUAUCCUCAUUGUAGAUGAGAACGACAAUGAAAUAAACGAUUUUGGGAGUGCUGGAAACCUCUCCUUGUGCAGUACCAUUGAUGGUGAUAUGAACGAAUCCAAAUCAGAAUGUAUGCCUGCAUUAAAGGAAAAAAUAUUCCAAGAAACGAUUUACGGACCCAGUGUAGUGGGGGAGAGCACUGUGGAAGAUACUGAAUAUGAAGAUAAUUUGAUGAAAGAGUUUAGAAAUAAAAAGUAUAAAGAAAAAUUGCACAAGAGAGCGUUUAGAUUCCUCAAGAAACACCAUUACAUUAUUCCAGGUGCUAUGUCUGCUAUUGCCCUAUUGGUACAGAAUACAUAUGUGGCAGUAGGAGUGUUAAUAGUAUAUGCAGUGUUAUUGAUACUCCAUUACCUACACAAAAAAUUAAAAUACAAAAGUGAGAACAAGUUUAUCUGA